AUGUUCGUCGCCUCAACUGCACCUGCCUGGCUCGCCGCACCAGCCGAACAGCGCCUUAACGAGAUAUCUGCCAUCGUCAAAUCUAGCGACUGCCCGCCUGACUACGUCUCCUCCCUCGCCGCCGAUCGGACAGCUCUUUUGAACUUGGCGGCAGAGAUUCAGCACUAUGUCAACGUUCACACCUCGCCGCCGAUUCUGCGCCUUUCAUUCGAGAUUCUCGCCAUGAUUCUCGAUGAGCACGCCCAGACUUCCUCCAUCGGGGAGUGCAUCAAGAUGGGCCAUGUAUGCAAGCAAUUGCGUGCUGUGGUUUUGGGGAGACGCGCGUUUUGGGGAUCGCUAUUAUUCAUCGUCAGACCUGAGGAUCGCGCCGACAUUCUUUCACGCACGGGAUCCGCACCUCUGGACUUUCAUUUCAGCGACCUUAUGAUGCAGUACGAUUCGGAGCUUUUCAAACUGGCCAAGGAAAACUUGAGCCGAACUCGCAGUCUGGUUCUUGCCCAGCCGCAGACUGAAUUCUUUGAGUGGUCCAACGAUCCUCGCGCGCUUUGCAGCACGCCUUUCCCCCGCGCAGAACAUCUAGAUCUGUCCUUUCACAAUCACCAGCGCAUCAACGUUCGGGAUCUAUCCACUCUCAAUGCACCAAUGCUCAAAUCUCUGCGAUUGAGCAACGUCUUCAUACCCUUCCCUACCAAGAACAUCACAGUCCUUCAUUUGAAGGGUCCAUGCUACCCUCAUGACUACGAGAUUUUGGAUUGGAAGAGGACGCUGCCACAGUUCAGCGACUUCCUUCAGAUGCUGAAAGAAUGCGUUGAGCUUGAACAGCUGCAUAUAGAAAACACCAUUCCGAACAUUGUGUCCUCCUCGUCCGCGGACCCCCUUCCCCACAAAGUCGGACCCGUUGUUCUUCCGAAGCUCAACAAGCUAUCCACCCGCGACGCGAUAGGCGAGACGUACAGACUUUGUCAGCGUCUGUCGCUACCAUCGAUCGAGAGCAUACAACUUGACUGCGACCCAUACUACUUCCAUGAAGACACACGUUUCGAUGUAUCGCCCUUCCAUGCUCAUGAGAGGGUGGGGCUGGUAUCACGUCUCGCAGAGCUCAUGCCUCAGACCGUCAUCUCCGGUUUGGUCGUUGGCGCUAAACGGGAUCGCGGUGAGGCAACGUGGUGCCUCUUAGAGUCCGCUCCAGGCCAUCACUAUUCACGGGGACCCUACGACAUGAUUUUCACACGAGAGUCCUACACGAUGAAGGAUCACCGACCUAUAUUCGACGUUCGCUACGAGAAAUGCCAGUGGAACCAAGGCGUCGCGUACCUUCACCUCAUCGACCAGCUGAUCCCUUUUAUCGCGGAUGUUCGCUCCGCUCACAUCUCGUGCGACGACGAAGACCCGAACGGGGAGGAUGUUGUACGCUUAUGCGCGGCUAUGAAGAACCUCACUACACUCAGCUUGAGCGAGCUGGAACGGGCCGCUCUGCUGGCUUUGUCUGUGCCGGCGUCGGCUUGGGCGGAGGAUCGUGUGGAUGUGAACGAGCUCUCGGUACCACAUCUUGAGCAUCUGUCCCUCGACAUGGUUGGAUACUUUUGGCUAGAGGAGGAUGGUGUGCGGUGUUACGGGGACGAUAAUAUCGACCCCCUGUUUGAGAUGGUUUCUUCUCGUGCACGUGCUGGGAUACCACUGCAGUCUUUGACGUUCGUCUGCGGAAGCUAUUUGACCGAGGACGAAGGGGAGCUGUAUGUUGAGAGACUCAAGGAGCAUGUGUCAUCUGUAGACCUGACUAUGUGGAGAGAAGAUGGCUCCGACGCAGCUUAA